AUGGAAAUCGACUACAAAAAGUUUUCUUUCUUUAUAUCUGGUUUUAUCAGUGUGCUCAUACUUAUGGAUAAGCAAAGAUCGCACUUUGCUGAUAGCUUGAAGGAUUUGAAGAAUCUGAGAAAACAAUUAUACUCUGCUGCAGAGUAUUUUAAGGUCUCCUAUGACAAAGACGAUCACAAGCAAUUCGUUGUGGAGACCUCGAAAGAUUAUGCUACAAAAGCUCUUAUUAGUGCUGUGGAUCACUUGGGCUCUAUAGCUGAUAAACUUGGGCAAUUCUUGGAUGAAAAGGCUAUUGAAUUAUCUGAAACAAAGCUUCGAUUUUCUUGCAUUGAACAGAUAGAAACUAGAAAUAUUUCCACUCGAUUCAUCGACUUGAGCGGCCUUUCCCAACAAUCAUUGAUCAUAAAAACGCCAAAGCAUCAUAAACACUACAUUAUUCCAGCAGGAGAGAUUUUGCAUGGUGGCGUAUCAAAGUCCAUAUAUAGAGAUUGCAUAUUGUGUUCUGGGGAGUGGGACGAUCUGCACCAAUCCAAACGAGCAACUUGUUUGGCAGAUAAUGUUUUUGCUAAAGCUUUCCAAGCUGCAACACUAAAACUGCAUCCACAAUUCUCGAGAAAAGGGCAUUUGGGGCAACCUUCAACUGAGUCUUCUCCUAGUUCUCUUACAUUUUCAUUCACAAGAAUUGAAUCUAUCAAAACAGGGAAACGCUCGAUUUCACCACUUUGUUUCACAUUUAAUCGUUCUAGAUCCAUUACCAGUAGAUCAAGUUCUCCAAGCUCUAGGACUAAUAAACAGCGGUGUCCAUCAGAGCCUCGAAGGGCGAUUUCAAUGUCCAUAAAACCCGAGAUAAACGGAGGAAGAGAAAUCGAUCAGCAUUCGAGAAAAAGUAAGCAUCUCUUCAAAGCCCUGCUUAGCAUUCACCGGUCAAGAAAAGAAACCGUACCAAACUAUAAACGAGAUUGUUUUGCUGAAGUUUAUAGCAGGAGGUUGAGAAUAUAUAUUAUGCUUCUGAUUCUGCUUUUGUUUUACAAACAGUGGACAGUAACUUUACGUGCCAGUAUGAAAGUAACUCCUCUAGAUUCACGCCGUCUUUGUUUGAAGCUUUGUAUAUAA